CAUGCGCAGAGUGACUCCUCUGCCUCCUAGACGAUCUCUGAGGAAGCAUGGCGUCGGACAGCGGGCUCGCUUCUCUGGGUGUGGAGGGAGCCGCGGCUGCAGCUCACGCUCUCUCGCUGCCCGCCGAAGCCUACGGGAAUGACCCGCGGGUGGAGGUGAUGUGGGCCAUGAAGGCCUACAACCACGCAGAGGUUUACUUUAAUCUGAUUUCCUCGGUGGACCCGAAGUUCCUGAAGCUGACCAAGAUGGACGACCAGAUCUACAGCAGCUUCAGAGAAAGCUUCCCGGAGCUCGACAUCAAGCUGCUGCAGGCCGACGACCUCAAGUCCGAGCAGGCCAAAGAGCGGUGGCGUCCCUUCUGUAGCCAGUUCGAGGGCCUGGUGGAGGAUUUUAACUACGGCACGCUGCUGCGCCUGGACUGUGAGAAGGACUACACCGAGGAAAACACCAUCUUCGUCACCAGGGUGCAGUUCUUCGCCGUGGAAAUCGCCCGGAACAGAGAAGGUUUCAACAACGCUGUGUUUACAUCAAAAUCAUCGAAAAGCUAGAGGUUCGUGGUCCGGCGGUUCCGGGUUCCAGGUUCCGGGUUCUGCGCCUCCUUCCUGUCAGACGGACGUUUCUGGACUCAGUUUGUUCUUUUUGUAUUUAAACUUCUUGGUGCCUCCUGAUCAGCGCUGCUUUUAAUUUGUCUGUAACGAGGAAAUAAAGUCAGAGUUUCAAACUGGA